UUUGAGGAACUUCGAACUCCGACGAAGUUCAACUCUGAGUUAAAGCAAGAACCGAUUGAAAUUGAAGUAUAUUUUAAACGAGUGAGCCACUGUGUUGACGAUACAUACACCAAUCCCCAACUUUUGGUAAUGUCGGUACUAAUGUCCAAAUUCUAAAACCCUAGAUUCGAAUUAACACUUAAUUAAUACUCCACGUUAUCGGAGUUAAAUUAGAGUGUUAGACAAAUAUCUUGAGUAUUAUGAUUUUUCAUUUCUUGAGACUUUGACUCGAAUUCUGUUCAGUUCCAAACUGAUCUCUAUAUCGAAUCCCGAAUCAGGGAAUCAAAAGAGAAGUCUAGUUUACUCAAACCUCACAACUAUCCAGAAAAGAGAAGACAAAUGAAGCAGAUUCCCUGAAAUUUGCUUCUUUCUGAUUCCUUUAACAGAAUGGUGAACCAAGGAGUGGAAGAUUUUUUAAAAUCUCCAAUCACAAAGGUAGUCGGAUUAACCCUAUUUGCUUUCAGUUUCUUCUAUUUGGGGCAACACUGGUCUGAUGGAAACCAACAGCUUGUUUUCUUCAAUAAUCAACAACAAUCAGAUAAGAGACUUACUCCAUCAAUUUCAAUUUCUCCGAAUGCGAAUAAAACAAUAUCGUCUGAACCGCCACCUUCUCAUCCAUCAAAACCACCACCUGUAAUAGCUGAAAAAUUCGGGGUUAUUGAUGAGAAUGGAGUUAUGGCCGAAGAUUUUGAAGUUGGUGAUUUUGAUCCAGAUUUAGUUGACAAGUUUAGGAAUUUGAAUAUGAGUAUUGUGAAACCAGACGACGUUAGUGCUGCUGCUGUUGAAAUUGAUAAAUUUUCUUUAUGUUCUGAGGAUAUGAGAGAGUAUAUUCCUUGUUUGGAUAACGUUGAAGAGCUUAAAAAGCUUGAUUCAACUGUGAGAGGCGAGAAAUUUGAACGGCAUUGUCCUGGGAAAGGCAGUGGGUUGGAUUGCUUAAUUCCACCGCCAAAAGAUUACAAAACUCCGAUUCCGUGGCCACGAAGCAGAGACGAGGUGUGGUUCAGCAAUGUACCACAUUCACGCUUGGUUGAUGAUAAAGGUGGGCAGAACUGGAUUGAGAGAGAUAAUGAUAAAUUCAAGUUCCCUGGAGGUGGAACUCAAUUCAUCCAUGGGGCAGAUAAAUACUUGGAUCAGAUUGCACAGAUGGUUCCUGAAAUUGCAUUUGGUAAUCAUACUCGAGUCGUAUUAGACGUUGGAUGUGGUGUAGCAAGCUUUGGUGCCUUUUUGCUUUCCCGAAAUGUGACUACUCUAUCUAUAGCACCAAAAGAUGUUCAUGAAAACCAAAUUCAAUUUGCUCUUGAGCGUGGUGUGCCUGCAAUGGUGGCAGCUUUUGCCACACGGCGUCUAUUGUAUCCAAGCCAGGCUUUCGAGUUGAUACAUUGUUCAAGGUGUAGAAUCAACUGGACAUGUGAUGAUGGAAUUUAUCUUCUUGAGGUCAACAGGAUGCUCAGAGGUGGAGGAUACUUUGUUUGGGCAGCACAGCCAGUUUAUAAACAUGAAAUCCCCUUGCAAGAACAAUGGAAAGAGAUGGAGGACCUUACUACACGUCUUUGCUGGGAACUUGUAAAGAAAGAAGGAUAUGUUGCUAUAUGGCGCAAACCUUCAAAUAACAGCUGCUAUACGGGGCGCGAUGCUGGAACACAACCACCAUUGUGUGAUCUAAGCGAUGACCCUGACAACGUUUGGUACGUCGAUAUGAAAGCAUGCAUUAGUCGACUACCUAAUAAUGCCUAUGGGGCGAAUGUUACUACAUGGCCUAGUCGACUGAAUAAUAUACCAGACAGGCUCCAGAGCAUAAAAUUGGAUUCCCAAAUAUCCAGAAGAGAGCUGUACAAAGCAGAAAAUGGAUAUUGGACAAACAUAGUCACCAGCUACAUUCAUGUUUACCAUUGGGAAAAAAAACCAUUUCGAAAUGUGAUGGACAUGAGGGCUGGUUUUGGAGGAUACGCUGCAGCACUCAUAAAUCUGGAGAUGGAUUACUGGAUAAUGAAUGUUGUACCUGUCAGUGGACCUAAUACCUUGCCUGUUAUCUAUGAUCGUGGACUAAUUGGAGUCAUGCACGACUGGUGUGAACCAUUUGAUACAUAUCCAAGAACGUAUGAUCUACUAAAUGCGAAUCGCCUUCUCUCCACUGAACAAAAGAGAUGCAAUGUUUCCACCAUUAUGCUUGAGAUGGAUCGGAUAUUGAGACCUGGGGGAACUGCGUAUAUUUUAGAUAGUGUGAAUGUCAUGGAUGAAAUUCAGGUGGUAGCAAAGGCAAUUGGUUGGCAUACCAAUCCGCGUGACACUUCUGAAGGUCCACAUGCCAACUGGAAGCUCUUGAUAUGUGAGAAAAGUCUUUAACGCCCUUAAAAAGCAGCAUUCAAACAAAAAUGACGCAGAAAGCAGAAUAAGGAAUUCGUUUAUACAAGAAAAACUCGAUCGGUUGAACUAUGGUUCUUCUUCCUUGACAUUCACAUUCAGAAGCGGUGUUAUAAACCUCACCGACGUAAAUACACCUCCAUCAACAGCAAACCUUUUUCUUCUCAUUUAUCCUUAAAACAUGUUGUUCAGUUUCACAUAUAGUUUAUCUCCUGGAGCAUAUAGUUUUCGGUUUUUACUUUGGUGGUAAAGCCUAUAGUCAAGGAACAUUAAUUAAUUUAUUUAUUUCUCAUUUCCUUCGUAUGUACUACAGUAUUACUUCGUGUUAGGAGCCGUCAAUUGCUGAA